AUGGCGACGCCCGUAGCCCGCGACCACGCCUCACGCGACAAGCACAGGGAGAAGGACUCAAAAUACUCAUCCACUACUGACCUGGAGGGCUCGGAAAAUGUGGUCAGCGCCCCCGUUGCUGGCGAAGUCACCGACUUUCGAGAGCGAAGAAGCGAUGUUGAGAAGCAAAAGACCGCCCAAGGCGCUGCCCACUUCAACCGCCUGGGAUGGAAGCGACUUACCAUUGUCUUGAUCGUAGAGGCUAUCGCUCUUGGCGCUCUCAGCUUGCCCGCCGCGUUUGCCACUCUCGGAAUGGUUGCGGGCGUCAUCUGCUGCGUUGGGCUCGGCUUCAUUGCCAUCUACACGAGUGAUAUUGUGGGAAAAGUCAAAAUCGCCUACCCCGAAGUCGCGCACUAUGCCGAUGCUGGUCGUCUACUGAUGGGUCGCUUCGGUUACGAAGUGGUCGGAGCCAUGUUUGUCCUCCAACUCACCUUUUUGGUCGGAUCGCAUUGCUUGACCGGGACCAUUGCCUUCCUCAACAUCACGGACAACGGAGCGUGUUCGGUUGUUUUCGGCGUCGUGUCGGCCAUCAUCUUGCUCCUGGUUGCUAUCCCACCUUCGUUUGCCGAGGUGGCUAUUCUUGGAUACAUUGACUUUGCCUCUAUUCUUCUUGCCAUCGGCAUCACCAUUAUCGGAACGGGCGUCGUGGCCACCAAGGCCGAGGGAGGACUGUCGGCGGUCAACUGGUCGGCUUGGCCCAAGCAAGACCUCUCCUUUGCCGAGGCCUUUAUUGCCAUCACCAACAUCUGCUUCGCCUACAGCUUCUCCAUGUGCCAGUUCUCCUUCAUGGACGAGAUGCACACACCCAAGGACUACGUCAAGUCCAUCUGGGCCCUUGGGCUGAUUGAAAUCGUCAUUUAUACCCUUACCGGCGCCAUGGUCUACUCGUUUGUGGGCGCCGAUGUCGAGUCGCCAUCCUUGCUGUCUGCCGGCCACACGCUUUCCAAGAUUGCUUUUGGCGUCGCCUUGCCCGUCAUCUUCAUUUCCGGGUCGAUCAACACCACCGUCAUUGGACGGUAUAUCCACGGACGAAUCUACAAGGACUCCGUCACUCGCUUCAUCAACACGCCCAAGGGCUGGGCUACCUGGCUGGCCGUCAUCUCCGUCAUCACCCUCGCCGCCUUUAUCAUUGCCGAAGUCAUACCCUUCUUCAGCGACCUGCUGUCGGUCUCUUCGUCCCUCUUCAUCUCCGGAUUCACCUUUUACCUGCCUGCCAUGAUGUGGUUCAAGCUGCUGUGCAAGGGCAAGUGGUACGCCAAGGAGAAUCUGUUCCGAGCCGUCAUCAACGCUUUGUGCUUCGUAAUCGGUAUUGUGGUUUUGGUUUGCGGCACCUAUGCCAGCAUUGACGACAUUCUUCGCCAGUUUAGGAAUGGAACUACCAAGGGUGUUUUUUCCUGUGCACCGAUCAAUUAA